UCGGUGUGUGCAGACGUGCUUUUAUUCGCUCUGGUGUUUUUUUAUCGUAUUUCUUCGCAAUGGAUAACUUUUGCGGGAAAUGUAAUAAAUCUUUUUCAAGAUCUGACGCUAAUCUGUUGCCGUGUAAUGGAUUUUGCAAAAAAACUUUCCACCGUGCGUGCUGUAAAGAAAUGUCUGAAUAUGAUAUGAAUUUGAUCAAAACAAAACGUAAUUUGCUAUAUCUUUGUGAAGAGUGUGUCUUUAUGCCGGAGAAACUCAGUAAAGCUCUCGAUGCAGUUCUUGUGACUCAAAAGCUCAGUGUUGAUUUAAUUUCAACCGCCUUUGAAACUAAAUUUAAAGAUUUAGUGAAGCAAUUUAAUGAUCUAAAAGAAUUAAUAAUUUCUUUGCAUUCGGAAAUCAACAACUCCAAUGCAAAUAACCUAAAAAACCAGUUUGAUGAUUUGAAGAAAUUUGUUGGUGCUGAGCUAAAAAUUCACUCUGUCGGCGAAUCGCAUAAUGCUGUCGCUUCUCAAGUGGCCGAACUUCGUUCGUUGUUGUCUGACGCCACUGCUGUUGCUGCCUCUGCUUCACCUUCCCCCGGUCGAGUUGAUGAUCAGAUUAAAGCUAGUGCUGUAAACGUUCGUUCUUCGGCUGUCUCUGCUGCUCACGCUAAUAUCGCUCGCCUAAGUUGGGCUCAAGCGGCUGCUGGUUUAUCGCCUUCUGCAUCCCCAUAUUCCAAUCUGCCUACUCCUGCUAAUGGCUGCAUUUCGCUGCCUGUUACAUGUAUGCCGUCGGUCGGUGUCCCGACUAAUGCUAGUGCGGGUAGAAAGCAAAACAAAGCCAAAAACAGCAAUAAUGUUAUUAUUGCUGAUAUCUCGUCUUUACCUGCUGACAAAUGUAUUGUGGGGUUGCCGGCUGCUGAGUGUGGUGCUAGUGCUUCGUACAACAA